GAGUCCCCCAGAAAGAGUCGCUGCUUCCCAACAGACGGAGAGAGAGAGCUCCUUGCUGAGAUUUAAAUUAUCAACAUUGCCUUUACUAAACCCCAUGGAAAGACCCGGUUGACUACUGCGGGAUUGAGAUCAGAUUCUCCUCAUAAGAAGUUGUUCCUAAACUUCAGGUGGUGGUCGACUCCAACGGCGGUGGAUUUCCUCUGAUCGCGGAGUUCCAACAUGAACUUCGACAUAGUGGUCAGGAAAGUGUUGGUUGCGGUGGCCUGGCUCUCCUGUGUGCAGGUGGCGGCCGGGCGGGCGGCCGGGCUCGGCCCCGCGGCCCAGUGGUCUGGGGACGACUACGCCAACCGGACCCUGCGCCGCCUCAAGACCUGCGUGGAGAACCAGCAGUACCAGCACCAAGGCCUCUGCUGCCUCAACUGUGAUGCCGGUACCUACGUGCACCAGGCCUGCUCCCGGGAGCUGGAGGUGGGGCUGUGUAAGCCGUGCCACGGGAUGACGUACACGGAGCACUCCAACGGGAUGAACCGCUGCCUGCCCUGCACCCACUGCCGCUCAGAUGAGAUGGCGACAGUCUCCUGCACCAGCACCACAGAUACCAAGUGUCAGUGCAAACCCGGAUCCUUCUGCGUCCCCGACCAGGCCUGUGAGGUCUGCAAGCGCUGUGCCAGGUGUAAGGCGGGUGAUGAGGAGGUGCAGAAGUGCACUGCGUUCUCCAACACGGUGUGCAGGAAGCGGUUCCCAUCCACCACGGAGCUGUCCCCGCCCCUCCUGCCCACACCGGCUCCCGGCUCCCCUGAGCUCAUAGCGAUCCCCAUCGUCCUCAUCCUGGUUCUGAUCUUCUGCGGAUUGUUGGUGUGGUUCUUGAUCAAGCGGCGCUCUUCUUGCGAGAGACCCUGCUCUAAACCGCUGUGUGAGUCGAGUGAAAUCGUGAAGAUCCCCAUUGACGAGAGUGGCGCCACGGCGGAGGAGCGGCAGAACGACCAGAACGCCGGCCUGGAGGGCGGCGAGGACCCCCGGCCCGAGUCCCGCCCGCUGCUGCAGGAGACCCAGGCGGGCAUGAGCAAGGCCCCCCCCGGGGAGGACGAGGACCGCGGCCUGGGGGACAGCCUGCCCAACACCACCAGCUCUUCCCAGACCAGCCUCUCGGCCCUGCCCACCGUCACCGCCUCGCCCUCCUCCUCGAACUCCUCCUCCAGGAGCUCCCCGCACCCCAGCCCCACCCCCACCCAGACAAUGAUCCGUUUGCAGAUGCGCUUGCUGCCACUCUUAGGGUCGGAGAAGUCUUUGAGGAAGAGUUUCGACCUCUUCGACGAGUACCUGGACGUGCGGAUCCACAACAAGUUCUUCCGGCUCAUCGGGGUCAGCGACAACCACAUCCGGCUGGCCGAGGGCGCACCCCCGGGGGACAAGGUGUACGACCUGCUGAAGAGCUGGAUGCAGCGGGAGGGCCUCAAGGCGGACAUCAACAACCUGCUGGACGCCCUGCUGAGCAUGGACCAGCGGCGAUCCGCCGAUAGCAUCGCCUGCGCCGCCCUGCAGAAGGGCUACUACCAGCACGCCGCCACGCCCUGACCGCCGCACGGGGCGGAGGGAUACGCAUGAAGUAGAACCGCGAGACUACAGAGGACCUAUGAGGAGCAGACCUAAAGCACAUGGACUCUGUUUGUUGACGUUAUCUAUUUCAGGGAUGGGGGGGAAGACCGGCUUACCUCCACGUGGCUCAUGAUGAAGGCUGUGUGUUUUUUUUUUUUGAAAAGCCAGUAAUUAGUUUGUUUUUUAUGAGAAAAUGAAAGCCACACGAAAACAAGGGGGGAAGGAUGAGUCAAAACUGAUCUUUGUUUCUCGAAGGUUGUUGACUACGCUUCGCGUUGUCCUGGCUUAACAGCGGAAAUGAAAAGAAAAAAAAAGGAUUUGUGAGCAGACGGCGUCAAAGAACAGAAGUGAUUAAUUUCGUAGUAGACUCAGACA